AGUAAGUGUUCCCCUUGGCCGCUUGAGUCGGAGCUAGGGUAUUUCCUUCCCGCCAGGCAAGUGCCUGUAGGAACCGGACCCCGCCCCCUUCCCGACCUAGACUCCCCUUUUCCCUCCCUGUCCCUUUCCCACUGAGGACCUUCUCCUUUCCUCUUGUUCUGCCUCUGAACCCCCGCGGAGGUCAUGAAGCUUGUGAGGAAGGACAUUGAGAAAGAUAAUGCGGGCCAGGUGACCCUAGUCCCCGAAGAACCUGAGGAUAUGUGGCACACCUACAAUCUAGUGCAGGUGGGCGACAGCUUGCGCGCCUCCACCAUCCGCAAGGUACAGACGGAGUCUUCCACGGGCAGCGUAGGAAGCAACCGGGUCCGCACUACUCUCACUCUUUGCGUGGAGGCCAUCGAUUUUGACUCUCAGGCCUGCCAGCUGCGGGUUAAGGGAACCAACAUCCAAGAGAAUGAGUAUGUGAAGAUGGGGGCUUACCACACCAUUGAGCUGGAGCCCAACCGCCAGUUCACCCUGGCCAAGAAACAGUGGGACAGUGUGGUUCUGGAGCGCAUCGAGCAGGCCUGUGACCCAGCCUGGAGUGCAGAUGUGGCCGCCGUGGUGAUGCAGGAAGGCCUCGCCCAUAUCUGCUUAGUCACUCCCAGCAUGACCCUCACUCGGGCCAAGGUGGAGGUGAACAUCCCCAGAAAACGGAAAGGCAACUGUUCCCAGCAUGACCGGGCCUUGGAGCGGUUCUAUGAACAGGUGGUCCAGGCUAUCCAGCGCCACAUCAACUUCGACGUUGUGAAGUGCAUCCUGGUGGCCAGCCCGGGAUUUGUGAGGGAGCAGUUCUGCGACUACAUGUUUCAACAAGCAGUGAAGACCGACAACAAAGUGCUCCUGGAAAAUCGGUCCAAGUUUCUUCAGGUACAUGCCUCCUCUGGACACAAGUACUCCCUGAAAGAGGCCCUUUGUGACCCUUCUGUAGCUAGCCGCCUUUCAGACACUAAAGCUGCUGGGGAAGUAAAAGCCUUGGAUGACUUCUAUAAAAUGCUACAGCAUGAACCUGACCGAGCUUUUUACGGACUCAAGCAGGUGGAGAAGGCUAAUGAGGCUAUGGCCAUUGACACAUUGCUCAUCAGCGAUGAGCUGUUCAGGCACCAGGAUGUCGCCACACGAAGCCGGUAUGUGAAGCUUGUGGACAGUGUGAAAGAGAAUGCGGGCACAGUUAGGAUAUUCUCAAGUCUUCAUGUAUCAGGGGAACAGCUCAGUCAGCUGACUGGAGUAGCUGCCAUUCUCCGCUUCCCUGUUCCCGAACUCUCUGACCAAGAGGAUGAUUCCAGUUCUGAAGAAGAUUAGUGAUCGGACCUUAUAAUUGAGACAAGCUGUGUCCCCAUUGUUAACAUAUCGUGGCAUCCUGACAGAACGCUGCAAGGCACUUCGUGAUUCUUACAUGGAUUUUUCAUUUAUUUGGUCACACUAGGUAUUUUGUAAUUGGCAAGACGUGUUCAAACUAAACAAUAAAUUAAAAGGAAAUAAUC